AUGAUUAUGUGGGAAAUAUGGAAGUUUAGAUGUCUAACUGUUUUUGAGGGGGGGAAUUCUCAUACCAACAACAUUAUCAUAAGCAUUAGAAAUUUCUGCACUAAGCAUAACAUUCUAGGUAGAGAGAAUGAUAAUACUAGCAGACAUCAGGCCAAAAUAACUAAGAAAAAAUGGGAAAAACCUCCCCAAAACUGGUUGAAGUUAAACUUUGAUGCAACUUUUGACAAGCAUUCUAAAACUUGUGGUAUUGGUCUAAUUCUAAGAGACUGUGCAGGACAAUUUCUGGAGGCCAUGGUGAAAGUGAUAAAUGCUAGAGAUGCUGAACAAGGGGAAGGACUAGCACUUCUAGAAGCAGUGGAGUGGAUAAAGAGUAGAAGUUGGAGUAAAGUUAUCAUUGAAGGUGAUUGUAAAACUGUCAUUGAAGCUGUGACUUCAAAUUUUGGUAAUGAAGCGGCUGAUGGCUUAGCAAAUAUGCCAAGAAAUAUCAAUGUAAUCAAGUUUGAGAUGAGAACCCACCAAGAUGCAUUCACUCAAUUAUUGAGUUGGAUAAAUCCGUGUAACUUUCUUUUCUAG